GAGAUGUAAAAAUCCCAUUGAUUGAUCUCCACUACGUUCCCCGCUGACCAGAGAAAACACUCGAUAGCGAAUGUGAGAGGGGAUUUACAUUCGGCAAAAAAUUGCGAGGCUUGCCCAUGAGAUAAGGUAUCUGCUUGCUCAUGUGUGCUAUAGCGUUGUGAUAGUAGCGCGGAUUAAUGGUCGCCAACUCGAUAUUGCACGACGUUUGCUAGCUAGUAAUGUCGGCACAGUUGGACUUGUUUUCCUUGCUAGAUCAAGCUUCCUGUUGUUAGCCUUGGGCUAGCUGGGGGAAUAUAGAUAAUAUGCUAAUGAAAGGGCAGGUAUAGUUUGCGAACCUAAAGGGGUGUAGCGUUACUAUCGGGAAUAGAUUACCCGUUGCAGUUUAGUUGUAAUUUAAUCACAGGCCUAUGCGAAUAACUUUGUUUGCCAGUCAGCUAACUGGGAAGCUGGUUUCCUUUAGUUUGCUAGCGUUCGGUAGCUAGCCAUCUUGCUUGCAUUGAGUUCUGCCGUGUUGAGGGAUUAUAGUAUUUAACUUGGCUUUUGGUGGUUUUCGCUGGCAGCGUUCACUUCUGUCAGUCGCAAUUCCUUGUAAACAAAUGCCCCACUAAAGGGUUCGCUUAGUGUAUGGAGCCGUUUGCUUGCAAGUAAUACUUACACGCCCCAAAAAUACUUUUUACUGUGGGAAAGCCAGCCGGAGCUCCACUCUGGAAAGACAAUAGAGAACCUGAGACUUGCUCAGCUGUUGUUCUGCUCUCUAUUAUACUGAGUUACGCUUCACAGACUUACAGAAAAUUUGUUUUAAGCGACGUGGAUAUGCUUAAUUGAUUUAAAUUUUCAUAAAAGUUCAUAUAAAAAGCGUCAUUUCACUAAGUUCUAGCAGAGAUAGCGAGAGGCAGAGGAGUGGAUCUGGUCGAUGCAGAUGGUGCUUGCGCGACAUUAGGGGGCUGUGCUGCUCUUAACCCUCCGUUACCUCCAGCUAUCCCGUCUCAUUACAUCCACACCACGGCUUUAAAUGCCUAAGAAAACACUCAGGAGAAGUAGUCGGUAACGGAGAUUACCAGGUGGGUGGAGAGACGCGGAGACUCGGUUUGACAAGGGAGGUUCCUGCUCUCGAUAGUUAAACCGUCCAUCUCUCCAGCCUACCUUCAUUACGUCCAGCCACCACCGCCCUCCUCAGCCAUGGACCCCCCGAGGACUCGGUCGCGGUCUCGGUCUGGCUUCUAUCAUUUCGGCAUGAACGGCAGCGGCGGAGGCAACGGCAGUAACGCGGUCGGUAACGGGAGUAUGAUGAACGCCAGCGGCGGGGUGAGCUACCCACAGCAGAGCAACCCCGGGUGGGCGCCGCACCACGGAGGUCGGAGCUACCCGGAGAGCCAGCAGCACACCCAGGGGAGCUACCUGUCCGCAGGGGCGCCGCGCCACUCCUCGCACGGAGCGCAUAGACACCCCGGGGCCGGAGGAGUGCUACACUUUCAUCCAGAUAAUGUGUGCAGUGAGGAUCGGGACAAGAUGGAAGACAGUCCAAGUCCGAAAAGGCAGCGUCUUUCCCAGCAGUCCAUGUUGGAUUUAAGCUCUGCCCCUCCCUCUACUCCUUCCUCUCCCAUUCGCCCCUGGGAGCUGCCCCCCAGUCGCAGACCUCACCCCCACUACAUGCCAGAGAGAUGCCACACGCCUGUUCGCAACCGUCGCAGUCCUCCGAUGAGGCGCCAGCGCGGCCGAAGGGACCGCCUGACCCGCCACCACCACCACGCCCACAACAACCACCACCACUACAACAGCAACAGUAACCACCACCACCACCCCAACCCCCACCACCAUCACCACCACCACCUGCACUCGCACCACGGUCCGUCGCCAGGCCACCAGGACGAGAACUACCGUCACCCGGCACCUCCGCAGAGCUACCCCCCGUACAGCCAGCAGCCUCCCCGGGGGCCCGGGCCGGGGCCGGGGCCUGGUCCUGGGCCUGAGGAGCGCCCAGGAUAUCACCCCCCAAAUCUCUCCCCGAGGCCCCUCCACCAGUCGCCGAACCUGUCCCCCAGGCUGCUGCACCCGGCCGCACACCCACAGCACCCCCACCCCCACCCAUCGCAGCAGCAGAGCAGUGUAGUGCUGGACCUCCACGAGCAGGGCUCAGCUCCGGUGUCAUAUCCCGUUUCUCCUCCGGGGGCGCCACCCGGCCUGCCGCCUCGCUCUGCCCCGCAGCAGAUCCCAGCAUGCUCGGUGGUCUUCAGCGGACAGCACUACCCUGUCUGCAGCGUCCCGCCUCCUGUCCUCCAGACCUGUUCUGUGCAGCACCUACCUAUGCCCUACCCGUUCCCAUCGCUGCUCUCCAGUGACCCGGCCUUCCUCCUCCCCCCUCCCCACCUCCCCCACCCUCCUCCACACCUGUCCCACCACCCACCUCACCUACCCCAGCCUGGACAGUUUGGACCGUACCCGACACAGCAGGCGCGAUCGCCGUUACAGAGGAUAGAGAACGAUGUGGAGCUGCUAGGAGAGCAUCUGUCCCUGGGCGCGGGGCUCCACUACCCCCCUGCUGCCCACCCCACCCUCACCCCACACUCCACACAGCUCCACUUCCUCUCCCAUGAUCCUCUGCCACAGGAGUUCUUUGGAGUGUCCUACCCCAACUUCAUGCCUCGGCGUAUCCCAGGGCGACGUUACCGCUCGCAACAACCACUGCCACCUUCGCCUUACCACCCCAGCUUUCUGCCUUACUUCCUCUCGAUGCUGCCAGUCCAGCCCACAGGUCCUGCAAUCAGUCUUGAACUGGAUGUAGACGACGGAGAAGUGGAAAAUUAUGAGGCUCUCCUGAACCUGGCUGAGCGCCUGGGAGAGGCCAAGCUCCGAGGACUGACCAAGGGAGACAUCGAACAGCUGCCUUCUUACCGGUUCAAUCCUAACAACCACCAAUCUGAACAAACACUGUGUGUGGUGUGCAUGAGUGACUUUGAGUCCCGCCAGCUGCUGCGAGUCCUGCCCUGCAGCCACGAGUUCCACGGGAAGUGUGUCGACAAGUGGCUGAGGGCCAACAGGACGUGUCCCAUCUGCCGCGCCGACGCCUCAGAGGUCCAGCGAGACUCAGAGUGACCACAAGGGGGAGCUGUACACACCUAACUGCCCCUCACACCCUUUUGAGCACCCCCCCCUCCAGUCCUGAAAUAUUAACUUGUGUAUGCACGCGCACACACUCACACACCACCCUCUCGCCUCCCCCUGCAGCACUUUCUACUCCCUCCUCCUUCUGUUUGCAUUUUGAAUCCUUUAACAUACCGUCUGAUAUAUAUAUAUAUAUUUUUUUGUCAUUUUCUCCUCCUCAUCCUUCCAUCUUCCACGUUACAUAUAUGCAAGCCCUCGCAUCUCUCAGUAGCGCUGAGCGGCGUCCCGCUCGGCUCGCUCAGCCUCCGACACAGACUUUGCCGGGUCUUCACGCUGCAGUGGUGUGUGUGUGUGUGUGUGUGUGUGUGUGUGUGGGUGCGGACGCACGUGCACUGACGUUGUGCAAGCGUUGUUUGGUGGCCCCUAUAAUUCUGGGCUUUGGUACAUGCCUGUGUGUGGGUUUGUGUGUGUGCGUGGGCGAGAUCUUUUCGGAUGUCCCGGAGCAUGCCUGAGUUUCUGUCAUGUAUCAGACAAAAGUAAUGACAUCUGAGAGUUUUUGCUCUUGUGAGUGACUGACUUUACUUCCUGUUUGUACGCACUGUCUGUAUGUAUGCAUACUGUGUGUGUAUGUAUGUAAUAGACUUUAAUCCUUUUCUCUAGUUUGACACUAAGGGUCCAUGCUGCCACUGUGCUCCUAGGUUGCCUGAUUGAUCAGUUUGUUUUAAUAGAUGAUAUUAUUAUUAUUAUUAUUAUUAUUAUUAUCAUUAUUGUUAUUAUUAUUAUUAUUUGACCAUUAUAAGUGAUUGUUCUUCUGCCUGGCAGUUACCUCAUCAUUCCGAUUUUGAUCAUCGUUCAUCACACACUUCACUGUACUCCUCUGAAGUUAAGCACAUUUUAUAUUUGUAUUUCUUUUCCUAUACUGUCCUAUCAGAGAUGAGUUUGUGAUUUCCUUUUUUGCAGUGGCACAUGUGUUACAUAUAUACAUAUAUCUAUAUAUACUGUAUAAAUCUAUGAAUAUCUGUAUACCAAAUAAAAGGCUUGAUAUGAACUUUUUAAACUCA